CGCGCUGGGAGCGUUCUAGGCUCGGCGGCUGCGGCUCACAUCUGGCUGGGGUUUGCUCUUGACGUGUUGGUCCCGCUUUCUUCCUCUCUUCCUUGACUUUUGAGAAAGCAACGUUUCCGCUUCUGCCCAAAGAGACCUUGGAGCUCGCCGAGCCGAUAAAGGUGCUGUGCAUUCACAUCCGGCCCUCCCCACGCUCAGCCUCUUCCCCAGGGGACUUUUUUCCUCGCUCUCUCUCUCUCUCUCUUCUUGGACAAGUCUGUGCUUUCCUGCCGACCUGGCCCGGAGGAGGCUUAGCUGCUGGAGAUGCGCUAAGCGGAGGAGAGAGGCGCGGGAGGACUCCGCGGAGCCGGCUCAGCUGCCGGGAGGCCCCGGGGGGAAGAUGGGCUCCGACAGAUGGGGACUGGUGCUGCGAUGCUGCUUGCUGCUGGCCGUGGCCUGGGGCCCGGCGCUGAGCCACGAGCCACGCGACCCGCAGGAGCCGCAGGAGCUGGAGGGGACCCGUGAGCCGCAGGCCCCGCCGGGGCCCCCCACCAGAGAGGAAGACAACCGUGAGAAAUACAGUUCCCGGCAGGGCGAGGAGCCCCCUGCCUCUCGGUGCUAUCGCUGCUGUGACCCCGGGACCUCCGUGUACCAGGCCAUUCCCGCGCCCCAGAUCAACAUCACCAUCUUGAAAGGUGAGAAGGGCGACCGAGGAGACAGAGGGCUCCAAGGGAAGUACGGCAAGACCGGCUCUGCAGGGGCCAGGGGCCACGCCGGCCCCAAGGGGCAGAAGGGCUCCAUGGGGUCUCCCGGGGACCGGUGCAAGAACCACUACGCGGCCUUCUCGGUGGGCCGGAAGAAGCCGCUGCACAGCAACGCCUACUACCAGACGGUGGUGUUCGACACGGAGUUCGUGAACCUCUACGGCCACUUCAACAUGUUCACCGGGAAGUUCUACUGCUACGUGCCGGGCAUCUACUUCUUCAGCCUCAACGUGCACACGUGGAACCAGAAGGAGACGUACCUGCACAUCAUGCGGAACGGGGAGGAGAUGGUGAUCGUGUACGCGCAGGUGAGCGACCGCAGCAUCAUGCAGAGCCAGAGCCUCAUGCUGGAGCUGCGGGAGCAGGACGAGGUGUGGGUGCGGCUCUUCAAGGGCGAGCGCGAGAACGCCAUCUUCAGCGACGAGUUUGACACCUACAUCACCUUCAGCGGCUACCUGGUCAAGCCGGCCGCCGAGCCCUAGCGGAGGCCCCGGCCCCGCCGGCCCCGGCCCGGCCUCCCCAGUCCCCCGCAGACCCCUGGCCGGCCCUGGCUUUCUUGGCCUCUUCAUUCCUAGCUUUGACAAUUCGGCCAGACGCCCCUGGCUGGCGAGAAGCCCGAAGGGCUGUGUGGCCCCAGCUCUGGCUGGCUCUGGCUGGUGACAUCAGCGAGCACGGCCUCCGUCCCCAGAUCCCUUCUGCGCACCUCGCCUUAAGCGACCCCGCCGCUCCUCCCGUAGCAGCCAGGGUCCGGCAGAGGGAACCGCCCUGCUCUCCAUCCUGGAAGCGGCCGAGCCACGGCCGAAGGCUCCGCGGGAGAAAAGCAAACCUUGGAGGAAGAAAGAGAAGAGUUGUUCUCCUUGCUUUUCCAGCCCGCGGUGGGAGGGAGAGGAGCGGAGCGAGGCCCUGC